UCAAAAAAAAAAAAAAAAUCCUCUUCCACUUCUGACUUCUCGCCAAGGGAGGUUGCUUCGCUUUGCUUGCUCGCGUCGGAAACGCAUCGUCUCCUCUCCGCCGCCGCAGCGGAAGCGGAAGCGCGCGCGAGAGAGAGAUGGCGUCCAGCGCCGUCGGCGCCGCAGUCGCCGCCGUGGCGGUGCUCCUGCUGCUGGCUCCCGGGGCGGAGCCGAUCGGGCUGUGGCUGCCGCCUCCCACCGGUGGCGGGGGGCGCCUCGGCGGCGCCGCCGCACCAGGCAGGUACCUGACGCAGGAGGAGCGGUGGAUGGACCAGACCCUCGACCACUUCAACCCCACCGACCAUCGGCAAUUCAAGCAGCGUUACUAUGAAUUCCUUGAUUACUACCGAGCUCCAAAAGGGCCAAUUUUCUUAUAUAUCUGUGGAGAAUCUUCGUGCAACGGGAUUCCUAACAGCUACUUAGCUGUGAUGGCAAAGAAGUUUGGUGCGGCAGUGGUCUCCCCUGAGCAUCGGUACUACGGAAAGAGUUCCCCUUUUGAGAGUUUGACAACGGAAAAUCUAAGGUUCUUGUCAUCAAAACAGGCCUUGUUUGAUCUGGCUGUUUUCCGCCAAUAUUAUCAGGAAACUUUGAAUGCUAAGUAUAAUCGCUCAGGAGCAGACAGUUCUUGGUUUGUUUUUGGAGGGUCGUACGCUGGAGCACUUAGUGCUUGGUUCAGAUUGAAGUUCCCUCACUUGACAUGUGGAAGUCUUGCGAGUUCAGGAGUUGUUCUUUCUGUUUACAACUAUACUGACUUUGACAAACAGAUUGGUGAGUCAGCUGGCCCUGAAUGCAAAGCAGCACUACAAGAAACAACAAAACUUGUUGACGGACAACUUCAGUCUGGUCGCAAUGCAGUUAAACAACUCUUUGGAGCAUCAACGUUAGCAAAUGAUGGUGACUUCCUCUUUCUACUGGCGGAUGCAGCAGCUAUUGCGUUCCAAUACGGUAAUCCUGAUGCUUUGUGCUCCCCAAUAGUUGAAGCAAAGAAGAAUGGCACAGAUUUGGUGGAAACAUUUGCUCGCUAUGUGAAAGAUUAUUACAUAGGAACAUUUGGAGCAUCAGUUGCAUCAUAUGAUCAAGAAUAUUUGAAGAACACAACUCCACCUCCUGCUGAAUCUGCAUAUAGGUUAUGGUGGUACCAAGUUUGCAGUGAAGUUGCAUAUUUCCAAGUGGCUCCAAAAAAUGAUAGUGUCCGUUCUGCAAAGAUUGACACAAGGUACCAUUUGGACUUGUGCAGAAAUGUUUUUGGGGAAGGAGUUUACCCUGAUGUAUUCAUGACAAAUUUAUACUAUGGAGGCACAAGAAUUGCAGGUUCGAAAAUUGUUUUUGCAAACGGCUCUCAAGAUCCAUGGCGCCAUGCUUCUAAGCAGAAAUCAUCAAAAGAAUUGCCGUCAUACUUAAUUGAGUGCAGCAAUUGCGGACAUUGCAGUGAUCUAUCUGGAUGCCCUCAAGCUCCUUCACAUAUUGAAGGUGACUCGUCUAAUUGUUCAUCUCCAGAAGCUGUGAACAAAGUAAGAAAGCAGAUCGUCGAUCACAUUGAUUUAUGGUUAUCAGAAUGUCAAGAGCAAGGACACGACAAUGAGCCAUUGCUGGGCAGUAGAUGGAGCAUAGCUACUUACUGAUUACCUGCUCGAGCUACCAACCAUAUGUUCAAAAGGCCAUGAGUACAAGACAAUGCAGCUGUCAUUUAGACUAGUAUGAUUCACUCAAAUAAUACGGACAGUUGGUUGUUCCAAGCAUUCUCAUGGUACCAAGCAUUAUCCUCAGGACUGCGGUAACAAUUGCUCAAACACUACUAUGGUGACGACCUCUGUCAUUUGUCAAUAACCUUACAGGUUGCUCUCAGGCUCCCCCAUUCUGCAGAAGAUUACCAUGAUAUGUAAAAUGUUACUGAAUUAUGUACAAGAUAAACUUUGUUUAUUCAUGAGACUAAGAUAUUAGAUAACCGGGUACAUCCUACUCCAACCAUUUUUAACA